UAAUUAUUUUUUGGCAUCUAUAUAAACGCCGUUAGGGCGGUUCAUGCCCUUUUCCUCUGUGUUUCCUCUUCCGGUCUCCGAUCGAUGAAUUUCUGAUCUGGGUUUGAUUAUUUUUGCACAAUUUCAGAGCUUUCUAGCGAAUUCUGAUCUGGGUUUUCGAUUUUUUCGUUCAAUUGAUAUAAUGGAGAACGAGCUGUUUAUGAACACCGGACUUCCUUCUCCGGCGCCGGAGAUGGCGAUGCAUUUUGAACCGCCAUCGUCUUCGUCAGCGGUGAUGAACUGGCCCUCAAUGUCUUCUUCAAUGGACAUCCAACAACCGGACCGGCAUCUCGGUCGGAAUCCGACACAGGAUUGCUUCUUCUGGGAGAAGUCAACGGAACAGAGCAUCUUCGACUCUGCUCUGAGCUCACUCGUCUCGUCCCCGACGGCGUCGAGUUCGAACUUUUCCGGCGGAGGAGACAGCUUCAUCAUCAGAGAGCUCAUCGGGAAGCUCGGGAACAUCGGUAACAGCUCCGGCGAGAUCUACGGGACUCCGGCGAGCAACAAUGGAUCGUGUUAUGCCACUCCGAUGAGCUCCCCACCUCCGCCGCCGAGGCGGAGUUCUCCGAUAAUGGUGGCCAACACCACGCCGUUGGCGGAAUUCUCCGGAGACCCUGGAUUCGCGGAGAGGGCGGCGAGAUUCUCGUGCUUCGGCAGCCGGAGUUUCAACGGCCGAACCACCUCAGAGGGCGCCGGCAACAAUAACAUCGCCAAUGGAUCCGCCGCGAUAACGGGAGCCAAUGGGAAGCUGCCACGUGUCUCAAGCAGCCCGGCGCUGAAGGCCCUCACCUCUCAGAUUUGCAACACUCCUGGUGGUAAUGAAGACCAAUGCCCGAAAGUCACCGGCGAGUUUUCCCGGAAAAGAAAAUCCGUUCCCAGAGGAAAAGCCAAGGAAAGUUCCGCUUCCCCAUCAGCGAAUUCCCUAAAGGGUGUUGAAGGAAACGAGGAUUCAGGUGCAAAGAGAAGAAAGAAUUCAGAAGAAAAUGGGAAGAAGACAACGAACAAUACAAAACCACCCGAAGCUCCCAAGGAUUACAUCCAUGUCCGAGCUCGUCGAGGCCAAGCCACCGACAGUCACAGCCUCGCUGAACGAGUUCGUAGAGAGAAAAUAAGCGAAAGGAUGAAGCUGCUUCAGGAUCUUGUUCCCGGGUGCAAUAAGGUUACGGGCAAAGCACUGAUGCUGGAUGAAAUUAUAAACUAUGUCCAAUCAUUGCAACGACAAGUCGAGUUCCUGUCCAUGAAGUUAGCUACAGUGAACACCAGGCUGGAUGUUAACGUGGACGCCUUGGUGUCAAAGGACAUGAUUCCUCCAACGCAUGAUGAGCAAGUAAUCCAAUUAGAUGACGCAACACAAGCAUUUUUGGGUCAUCAACAUAAUUUACAAUUACACCCCAACAUUUCUUCGGGUUGCGCAAUUGACCCUUUCGACACUUCUGCUUUACCCAGAAGCUUCACUUCUCACGCACCAACACUUGACCAAUUCACCGACUCCAUUCCCCAGUGUCCCACGUUCUGCGAAGACGAUUUACACAGCCUUGUUCAAAUGGGUUUCGCACAGACCUCGGUCCAACUCCAACCGCAAAAUUUUCAAAGUUCAAAUCAAACAUCACACAUGAAACUUGAGCUUUGAUAUAAAACCAUUAUUUGGUUUUGUGUCCAAUUUCAAAGGUACAAGGAAGAAAGGGAGAAAAGGAUUGAUGGGUACAUAUAACAAGCAAUAUUUGAAUUGGACCCUGCAUUUGAAAUUUUAUUCAUGUAUAUAGGCCUCCCUUUUAUAUUCUAUAUACAUAUACAUAUAUAUAUAUAUACACAUAUAAUAUUUUUUUCUCCCUAAAAUAUAACUUUUUUUUUUCUUUUAAAAAAUUGUAGUCAGAUUCUUUUGUGGGGUUCCAUUGUUAUGUUAUCCACUAUAAAUUCCUUCUGAUUCCUUUUUGCUUUUUGUGCAAUAUCAUUGUGUUAAUACAAGGAAAGAGCACCAAGAGAAGAUUCAACAUCUAGAAGAUCUCAGAUAAAAAGAGAAACAUGCCAAUAUAAAGAAAGGGAAGGAACAACCAGCAAAUGAAUGACUUGCAAGAGAAAAGGAAACAUGCCAUUGAAAUAAAAUGGAAAGAGUAAGCAAAAGGAAUGAAGAUAAAGAAAAGGAAAAACAAAUAUGAUGAAACGAAAUGGAAACCCUAUGCAGGAGGCUGAGCAUAAAUACAGAGGCGUGCACAAUAGAAGAGAUCACUCAAGGAGAGAGAGAGUGUUUGAGUCGUGAAAGCUUUGGGCAUAAACAUAUUUGUAUGGGAAACACGGGUGAGUGAUACUUGAGAUAGAGUGAAGUGUAUCUGAGGGAGAGCCUUCAAAUAACAGGCGAACCGCUCAAAGGGCCUAGACGAGUCUAGGGUUACACGGGGUGUGCGAGGCACACAUAGUGUAUGAGCUGAUAGAAUUCAUGUUGUAAGGGGGGAACAAACUCAGGGGGAGUUGUGUUCUUGGGAUGGAUUAGGCUCGAACAAAAAAGAGUUGUAAUUCAUUUUCUUUACAAAUGAAUAGAAUCAGUUGGGAAGUUUUUAAAAGCAA